AUGCCCCCUGGGAAGAUUCUCACCGCGCUGCAAGCCUCUGAUUUUGGCCUCUUUGGCGCCACCUGGUGGCCCUGCGCCCCGUUCCCCCAGCUGCGCAUCGUGACCUACCUCGUCGUGUGGCUCUUCAUCUGGGACGACGAGAUCGACCUCUCCGACGGCACGCUGUGGAACGCCUUCGGCGCCGCCCAGCUGUACCGCGACCAGACGCUGGCCUACGUGCGCUACACGCUCGGCAUCGACGCCGCCCGCCCACCCGUCACAAACCGCAUCAUCCUGAUGUUCGCGCCCAUCGGCGCGGCCGUCAGGGAGCGCUACUCGCUCGCGCAGCGCACGAUGUUCUACGACGAGAUCCGCUACUUCAUGGAGAUGAGCGAGCGGGAGCAGCGACUGCGGCUCGCGGGGCCGAUCCCGGCCCUCGAGGAGUUCUGGCGCUAUCGGCUGGGCAGCAGCGCCGUGACGGUGUGUCUGGCGCUGAACGAGUUCUCGUGGGCGGCGAUGGAGCUGCCGCUCGAGUUUUAUGCGGAUGAGGACGUGAAGGAGAUUUUUAGGUGCACGAAUACGAUUAUUUCGGCGACGAAUGAUCUCGUGUCGAUUAAGAAGGAGGUGAAACGUGAUGCGAUUGACUCGCUUAUUCCGAUUAUAUAUGCCCACGUGGGCGAUAUCCAGGUCGCUGUGGCGGAAGUCGUUGAGUUCGUAGCGGCGGAGAUUAGAAAUCUGGAUGUAGCGGCGGAGAGGCUGUUUAGGCGGUACGCAGAUGCUGAUGAGAAAAUGCAGGCACAGGUGAGAGAUUUCGUGGAUGGGUGCAAGUAUUACACCACUGGGAACUUCGUGUGGUCUUUGGAGACGGAUCGAUAUGAUGUUGAUUAUGCGGCGGAUGGCUCCGGGGAUAUUCUCAUGACGCUUUGA